UAAGAAAAUUUCAGUUGUUAUGUGGCGAGUCAUCGCACUCUGCAUCGUGGUGUUAAUCACAGCGACAUCAGUUUCUGAAGGAUUAUUUGUCUCUUGGGAUAAAAACGCCAAUUUAACCAAAGAUGACAUAUACAUUAGCUACAAGCGCAUUUACGUGCCUAACAAAUUUGGAAGGAUAACUCAAGAGUUCAGGAAUCUUACUUCACACACACUGGACGAGCGCUGCCAGAAAGGAAUGCCGCUGUCCAUAUCAUGGAGUUUAAACGAGCCUUACUCUGGAGUACUGGGACCGAAAAUCGGUAGAAAAUUGGGUUUUGCUGCGCGCGGAAUAUUUCCAAAUGUGGUUCAACGGCUUGUCCACCACUGCUGUAACGGAAGUGAAAUAGUGUAUGGUACAUUCAUGAAGAGCAUAAGGGAGGCAGAGGAUCACUUUUCCGAACAAAUGUACGAUUUCACAUUCCCGGUGUACAGAUCCAAAAUGGACAAAGACCUGUACAGGGACCAACCGUUUGUGACUGUGGUGGCCGCACCAAGAGUCGUAUUGCUGGUCUACGAUGGACCUCAGAAAACAAGAACACAGAAUCUUGCUGACACCAUAUUUAAUGCCUGGCCGUUCCUGAUAUUUAUCCUGGCAGCAGCUGGUGCAUCUGGGAUGACUGUCUGGUUAUUGGAAUAUGUUUUCUUCUCAAAAGAAUUCUCAAGAAAAUUUGUGAAUGGUGCCUGGGACGGUUUCUGGUGGGCUGUUGUUACCAUGACAACUGUAGGUUAUGGCGACAGUUCGCCGAAGUCCCUGCCUGGUCGACUAUUCUGCUUCAUUUGGAUAAUAACUGGUAUAAAUAUAAUAUCCAUAUUUACUGCACUGGUCACAGCCACAGUAACGGCAUCAACACGACCGUACUUCAACAUUCAUGGCGCCAAGAUUGGCGCAGUCAACGGCAGUGAAGAGUUUCGUCUUGGUGUCAGUAUAAACUUUGACAUGCAAGCAUUCAGCACCCCUGCAUCGAUGACCAAAGCAGUGAAAGAGCAAGAAGUAGACGGAAUUUUGAUUGACAACUAUGCACUGACAAGGUUUUCUAACUUGAUGGAGAAGGAACCUUUCCGCGUGGAGCGCACCAUUGAGCAUCCAAUCACAUACGGCCUUGUGCUUCCAUCCGGGUCACCAAACACUGAACAAUGUGUUCGACGCUAUAUGAGGAACUUCAAUCAUGAAAUAUUUGAGCGAAUUGCAAAGCACCUUAUUCCUAUUAAGAGUAAACGAACCGACAAGAACUAUGCUGUUAAGGCGACGGAAGGUCUCUUCUAUCAAGAGCACAUGUUUAGUUCUAUUGUCAGGAUCGGAGUCAUUAUUGUAGCCAGUCUUGUGCUCAUUGGACUCAUGUGGGAGUUUGCUUACAGAAGACGUAGGCAUGGUACGUCAUGGACCUUGGAUCAUGGACAAUAAAGUCAAAUAGAACAAUAGCUUGGCCAUUGUCUAGCUUACUUAGUUUGUUCCAAGAAAAUGUUUUAAGUGGCACGGUCUUCUUACGAUAAUUUUUUUGUUAAUACUUUGAGGUGAAAAAACACUGACAAAGAUGGAUAAUUCGUCUAAUGGGGAGACAGACAGACACACGAACAGACGGACAGACGGAUUGAUCGACGGAAGGACAGACCG